GCUCCGUGAAUCUGCGCAUGCGCAUCGGCGUAUCUGGACCCAUCACUACUCAGAAGUAUGUGGUUUAUAACAGUGGCUGUUCUUGGAAGAUGAGACAAAAAUGUUUCCACUGUAAAUGGAGCUCAAAUAUAUCUCCUUACGACGCCGGUAGCCGGCGGGUUUAGCUAGUGGUUUAAUUUGGACACCGAGGAGGCUCAUCCGUCCGCCGCCGCUGCUUCCCCCCUCAGCGGGGAUUUGGACAAAGCGAGUCAGAUGUUGGACGAUAGGAUAUAUCAUCGGAACUGCUACGUUUUAACAGCGAGGUUAAUAAUAGAAUUUUCAAACUGAAUAUACCGCUUGGAAAAAGUGACGGCGGCAAGACGGUUUAGGAGGCGAGGGUUUCGAUCUCGCACCGAGGGAAGGAGAAGGAAAAAGCCGCGGGGAAGAAGAGAGGAAAGGGGCCGAGAUCCUGAUGCCGGUGAUGGCAAACGAGCCGAUCAUACUAAAUGUCUAUGAUAUGUACUGGAUCAAUGAGUUCACCAGCUCUCUGGGUAUUGGAGUUUUUCACUCAGGAAUUGAGAUCUAUGGAAGAGAGUUUGCCUACGGUGGACAUCCAUACCCAUUCUCAGGGAUCUUUGAGAUCACUCCAGGUGACGCAACUGAACUUGGCGAAACGUUUAAGUUCAAAGAAGCCAUAGUCCUGGGCAGCACGGACUUCACAGAGGAGGAUGUGGAGAAGAUCAUGGAGGAAAUGGGAAAGGAAUACAAGGGCAAUGCCUACCACCUCAUGCACAAGAACUGCAACCACUUUUCCUCAGCACUUUCAGAGAUCCUGUGUGGCAGGGAGAUCCCUCGUUGGGUCAACCGUCUGGCCUACUUCAGCUCCUGCGUGCCAUUCCUCCAGAGCUGCCUGCCCAAAGAAUGGCUGACCCCUGCUGCCUUACAGUCCAGCGUGAGCCAGGAGCUCCACGGAGCGAGCGGGGAGCUGGAGGAGGCAGAGGACGCCGCUGCCACAGCCUCCCUGGCCUCCAUGUCACCCUGCUCUCCUUCAACCUCCUCCAGCCCUUCCUCCUCAUUGCCUCGACACGCUCGUCCCCAGCCCCGCAGGUAGAAGCAGCCACCUCUGCUGGAUGGCCUUUACUCUUUCCUACAGAGCAAGUGAGGUAACGGAGAACCUGCAGCGGCCAAAAGCCUUGUCAGAUGGUUUCUUCAGGCACUGCUGCCAGCUGUGAAUGAGAGCAUCAGGACAGUCUGUCUCAGUCUGGGUCUGUGGAGGGUUCCCGCUGACAAAAUGACCUCUUUAUUCCCACUUCAAAGACAAAACCAUCCCCACUUAUUUGUCAUUUACAAACCACAUGCAGAUUGUACCAGCAGUUACUUGGAAUCCCCACCUCAUCACAGGGUAAAGAAAAUAGUCAUUCUGCUUCACAUAAAAACUCCUUCGGACACUGAUACAGAAAAUGAUCAUAUUUCUAUAGCUGUCCAGUUAUUUUUAUUUUUCAGGUGAAUGAUUUUCAGACACUGAUUUAGGUGUUGAGAAACUUCCUGUUCAGUGUUAUGGCCUCAGAUCUUCCAGCUUGGCUUUCACUGAGACUGAACAUUUCUUUAAGGCUGCCCCAUUUCUGUUUUGUGAAAACACUUAAAAGCAGACAGGUGGAGUUUAAAUUUAGUCCUUGUCUCUUCAGGAUCCCACCCUGAAAUCCUCAACAAACGUUUUCUAUGACUGUUGAUUAAUAAAACCUGAAUCCAAGGGAAGGAUUUGUACAAAAAUUUAGUGGCAAGUUUAGGAGAAAUCCAACCUUUAAUUUUAAGUAAUUUAUUAAGUGUGGAACAUCCCUGGUUUCCUUAUGCUCUCCCAGUGGUCUUCUAUUGGAUGAAGUGUUAAGGGAAAAGGGUUGAUUUGGUAUCUGUUAAGCUGUUUUCAUGUCCUUAGACCUGGAAACAAAACAAAUCUGUUUUAUUUGAAGAAAACCUGAUAUUUUAUCGAAGAUGUCAUGCUAUUUUAAUGACUCUCUGGCACACUUGCAAAUGUUAUAGUCCCACAGCACCACCAAACUCCGCCGUGCCUCCUAAACAAGUCAUUGGCAUUGAGGGUGUGAAGCUGUCAGUCCUUUUGUUUACCUGCAUGAUCUGUCGUUAUCCAGAGUCGCUGAAAAUUCCAGUGAAUUCAGAUGUUUUUAUCGUGUCCGGUUGUAGAUAUGGACACAUUCAGAGGAGUUCUUAUCUUGUAGUGUUUUCCAGUCUUUCUUAAGUGAUCUUUUCUCUUCUCGUUUCUAUUUUUAAGAAUGGGUAAAAGAAACCAGGCUCUGUUCUGCUUCAUAUUUUUAAGCCUAGAGAAGCAGAAGUUCAUCAAUUAUUGAUUUAAAGUUACAAUCUGAUGAACUCUUUAUGAGUAAUAAAAGAAAACCUACACUUUGAUUAAAGGUUGGAUUUUUUUAAAUGUUGAAUAUCAGGUAGUGAAGAUAAAGUCAUUUCAAGCAUCUUUAGCAGAGGUUUGGUGAGUCUGUAUGAUGUCAUUUGCAGCUAAUAAAUAAUUUCUCUGCUGGCAGCUGCAUUUAACAAUACUGAACUAAAGCAGCAUCACUUGGUCCAGCCUACAAAACUACUGGAUAAAGUUAAACUGUAGUUUAAGUAGUCAGCCUAAUUCUUUGUAUUUUGUUUCCAGUGGACUCUCCAGCAAUAGCUCAGGUUCUUCCAGACAAUCCUCAUGCAUCAAACUGAAUUAUGUAACAGAAGAUGCAGAUUCGUACAAACCCAUUCACCUUUUACUGGGGUGAUACGUUUUUAACAUUUUGUUUUUAUCAUUUAGGUUCUAGGUGCAGGUAGUGAGAUGAAGGAGACUCUCUCACUCAGUAGCAGCUCCCAUGGUGCCUUCAAUCUCGGUACCUUAUAAUCUACAAUUUGAAAAAAAGAAAAAUUGUCAAAUUUGAGUUCAUUCAAAUGCAGCGUUAAAAGCUCUUCUUCACCUGAGAUCAACCUGGAUCAUUUGCCUCUGAGAAAGAUGAUGUCACAUCAAACAAACUCUCUUAAGGUUGUUUUUUUUUUGUCAUAUUGUCAUGAAUUUUGUCAUCACCCUGAAGAAAAAAAACUAAGGUCACCACUCACCCUUAGUGUCACAAGCUUUACAUUUUACAGGAAGGUGCUCUUUUUCCUGCAGAAUGAGUUCUGCUCAUAAACAAAGAGCCGCUGAUGUCUUUAGAAGAUGUUUCGUAUAACUUAAGUUUCUGUAAAACCUGAUCUGUUAAAAAUUCACUGGAUUUCUAUGAUGUAAAACUCUGGCCUUUUUGUCUGUUUGGUUUAUUUUUUAUAAACUCAGGACUCUUAGAGGCUUUGAAGUAUUUUGUUUUUUAUGUUUACGUUAAAACAAAACAUGUUUUUCAUUCUGUGUACUAUCCUUAUUUUUUCUUUCAACCUUUAUGUCUUCAAUUAUUAGUUUACCAUUAAGCUGUUAAAUGUAUCACAUUUCCUUCCGUCACACUGUUAUACUUUGACACCUUUACAGAUUACUCUUGGGAGAAGUUAUUGUCCAACAGCAUUUUGAAGCGUCUGAAUUGACGUUUAUUUUAUCUUUUUUUUGUUUGUUUUCUUAAUGACAAAAAUCAGUGUUACUGUAGACGAGAUGUUUUUUCAUGAAACCAGCAACUGUCUUGGUGUGAAAGGAUAGAAUCAGCACUCUAUCAGUUAGUAUCAAGUGUAUCUCCUGUUAUAGCAUGUUUCAUUAAAUGCACAAAGGUACCACUCUGGCGCCCUCUGCUGGAAAUAUUCUGUAGUUACUGAGGUUUCCUGAUGAUCGUUCACAUUCCUCAGCUUUAAACUGACAGAAAAAUAAUGUCUUUUCAUAUGAUUAAUAUAAAGUAUUUGUUUAAGAUGGCUUCAAAAUCUCACAUGUGAGAUUUACAAGAAUAAUACAUGUUUGAUUUGAAGUUUCACAACAGGAAAUCUCAGAAACACCACUUUAAGCUGUUUUACACUGUUUUUUUUUUCUUUCCCCAAGAGAUUUUAAUAAAGCCAAACACAAUGUAUCCCACCUGAAUAUUAUUAAAGAAAAUCUAAAAUAUGUCAUUUUUAUGUUGUGAUAGUUUAACUGACAAGACAUUAUAUAUGUUUAGUUCCAGGACAACACCAAUAAAGCCUUAUGUGUUCAUUCACAUAUUGAGAUGAAAUAAACCGUUGUUACUUUUUGGAAAA